CUCUCUCUCUCUCUCUGUCUCUCUGUCUGUGUCUCCUGCAGGACUGAAGAUCAUGAGCGCUCUACUCGACCGUGUUUCUCCUCCUGAUCUCCGCGCGCACAGUCUCCGCAAGAUCAAGAAAUAAAACGCACACACACUCUCUCUCUCUCCCUCAUAUUCACAGCAGCUCCGUUUCCAGCGCCGGGAAUAAAGCUUCAUCCACGUCUGGACUCAAAGCCUCGCAGUUGUGCGCUUUUAUUGAAUUAGUCUCUCUCUGUGAAGGUUCAAGGUGUAUAAAAUGAUGUUCAUGUAUGUUCUGAUGCGCGCUGGCUUUGGAUUAUUCAGCGUCGCUCUGAUCGCCUUUGUCCAGCGGCCAGCCGGCGCUUCUGCCAGCAGAAACCCGCAAGAUGUGGACGAGUGUGUCGAGGACAAGGACAGCUGCAGUUUGGAUGCCAUCUGUCAGAACACUCUCAAGUCAUACAAAUGCAUCUGCAAAUCAGGAUACAAAGGUGAUGGAAAACGCUGUGAAGAUAUCGAUGAGUGUGCCAGCGAAUCUAAUGGAGGAUGCGUUCACGAUUGUAUCAACAUCCCUGGAAACUACAGAUGCACGUGCUACGAUGGUUUCCGUUUGGCCCACGAUGGACACAACUGCCUGGAUGUUGACGAGUGUGCAGAAGGAAACGGCGGUUGCCAGCAGAUCUGUGUCAACAUGAUGGGGAGUUACGAAUGUCGAUGCCGUGACGGAUUUCUCCUGUCCGACAACCAGCACACCUGCAUCCAGAGGCCCAAAGUGCGUUUUAAUGGAACUAAAGAAGCACCCACCUGCAUGGAUAAAAAUCACGGCUGUGCCCACAUUUGCAGAGAGACGCCUAAAGGAACCAUCGCCUGUGAGUGCAGACCGGGAUUUCAGCUCACCAAGAACAGCCGAGACUGUAAAUUGACGUGUAACUAUGGUAACGGCGGCUGUCAGCACAUCUGUGAGGAGAUGGACCACGGGCCCAGAUGUUCAUGUCACAUGAAGUUUGCGCUUCACUCUGAUGGGAAGACCUGUGUAGAGGAAAGGAGUGUCCAACAGCAGCCACUGCAGCCACAGCUGUUACCCAAUGAGACGUGUGCGGUCAAUAACGGAGGCUGCGACAGCACGUGUCAUGACGCCGUGACUGGAGUGCGCUGCAGCUGCCCGGAGGGAUUCACCUUACAGCCGGACCGCAAGACCUGCAAAGACAUUGAUGAAUGCCGCAUGAACAACGGAGGGUGUGACCAUCUGUGUAGAAACACGGUGGGCAGCUUCGAAUGCAGCUGCAAGAAAGGAUACAAACUUCUGACCAAAGAUGAGAGGACGUGCCUAGAUACAGACGAGUGCUCAUUUGACCGGACCUGUGACCACACAUGUGUCAACUCACCUGGAAGUUUCCAGUGCUACUGCCACAAAGGUUACGUCCUCUACGGCGUGGCUCACUGCGGAGAUAUUGAUGAGUGCAGCAUUAACCGGGGCGGCUGUAAGUUCGGAUGCGUGAACACUCUGGGCAGUUACGAGUGUACCUGCCCUCCUGGUUACAAACUGCACUGGAACAAGAAGGACUGUAUCGAGCCAGUGAAAUGUGCUUCCAAUCUGGUGGUCCCCAAAGCCACCCUCACUUGCAGUAAGAUGGGGAAAAAAGAGAGCUGCUCUCUCACAUGUGCGUCCAAAGCACAUUAUCUAUCAGAAUCAGACAACAGUUAUUCCGUUAGCUGUGGAAUACCCAUCCUGCGAGGUAAAUCCCAGAGCAAAUUAAACACAAGCAGCAUCCAGAGCUGCAUAGAGACUCAGGCUCCUCCAGUGAAGCAGACGACAUCCUUUCGGAUCAAGAACGCCAAAUGCCACCUUCACCCGAAGCAUAAGGGGAGGGCAGAGGACAACGGCAGACAGAUCGGGCCAGGUGGUCAACCGUGCAACAACUGCCUGGUCACAUUUGUUAACCUGAAGUGUGACUCGUCUAAGAAGGCCAAAGGUCGUCGAGCACGUAACCCGUCAAGCAAAGAGGUCACACGCAUCACUCUAGAGCUGGAGGCCGAAGUCAAGCCAGGGGACACCACUGGGAACUGUAACAUAAUGUGUCAAAGGCAGCGCAUGGAGCAGCAGAUGAAGUCGUACAUUAAAGCGCUGAAAAAGUCCAUUAACCAGGAGCGUUUCCUCAUCCGUGUGGCUGGAUUGGAGUACGAGGUCGCACAGAAGCUCCCCCAGGCUGCAAUGAGGCAGGAGAACUGCGGACCGGGCCGAGAGAAAGACAGCGGCCGCUGUGUCAGAUGUUUGCCUGGGUCAUACUACCAUGGUGAGCAGGAGCGCUGCGUCCAGUGCCCACCUGGAACGUUCCAGGAACGUGAAGGUCAGCUGGCCUGUGACCUUUGCCCUGGAGCAGACCGCCAUGGCCCACUAGGGGCCCGCAACAUCACAUCAUGUGCAGGUCAAUGUCCACCAGGGUAUUUCUCCAGCGAUGGGUUCAAGCCCUGUCAGUCGUGCCCCUUGGGAACUUACCAGCCCGACCCAGGACGAACUCUCUGUUUCCCCUGUGGAGGAGGGCUCGGUACCAAAAGAGAGGGUGCCAGCUCCUUCAAUGACUGUGAGGUCAAAGUGUUGUGUUCUCCAGGUCAUUAUUAUAACACCUCAGUUCAUCGUUGCAUCCGCUGUCCUCAUGGAACCUACCAGGCUGAGUUCAGACAGAAUUACUGCAUCUCCUGCCCUGGAAACACCACCACAGACUUUGACGGUGCCAUCAGCGUCUCUCAAUGCAAGAAUCGGGAAUGUGGGGGUGAAAUAGGAGACUUCACCGGAUAUAUAGAGUCCCCCAACUAUCCAGGAAACUACCCGGCCAAUGUAGAGUGUGUCUGGACCAUCAACCCUCCACCCAAACGCAAGAUUUUGAUCGUGGUUCCAGAGAUCUUCCUCCCAUCUGAGGAUGAAUGCGGAGAUGUCCUAGUAAUGAGGAAGAACUGGUCAGCAACCUCCAUCACCACCUAUGAGACGUGUCAGACAUACGAGAGGCCGAUCGCAUUCACAGCCCGAUCGCGCCGCCUCUGGAUUAACUUCAAAUCCAACGAUGUAAACAGUGCUCGCGGGUUCCAGAUUCCAUACGUCACUUAUGAUGAAGACUAUGAGCAGCUGGUUGAAGACAUUGUAAGAGAUGGAAGACUUUAUGCCUCUGAAAACCAUCAAGAAAUACUCAAGGAUAAAAAACUGAUUAAAAAACUGUUCGACGUGCUGGCUCACCCAAACAAUUACUACAAGUACUCACAUCGGAACUCCACGGAGAUGCUCCCGCGUUCGUUCAUACGUCUCAUCCACAGCAAAGUCUCCGCCUUCCUGCGUCCAUACAAAUAGUCCAAAAGCGCCGUCUGCAUCCACACACCUCCAGUCACCUGGCCUCGAGUCAACGGGAUCCUACACACAUUUAAAGGAAAUACACACGCACACACAUAUUCAACAACACACACACAACCACACUAUGCAGAUUUCAGAUGUUUCACUUUACCUUUUACUUUUUCGUUUUCUUGUCCGUCAUCUCUGAGGGGGAAAAAAGCUUCUGUGUAGUCUACAUGUAAAGCAACGAACGUGUUUCCUUUCUCUACGUGUCGGUCGCCGUUCUGUGCCGUGUCGAUGUUUUUGUUCGCUCAGAUGAACGUUUGCACGCUCAGUCCUGAGGCGUCCCGUAGAGGAAGACGAUGGUUUGGGUGGUCCCACAACCACCCGAAAAAGUUUAAACACACGCCUGGUUAUGAUAAAGACACGAUAAAGAGCGUGUUGUACAGACAAAAGAAAGUUGUAGCAUGUCAAAGAAAAGAAAAUCUAUUUGUCGAACUGGAGCUAGCUGUGAUCGUGCUUUAAAAAUAGGCUUCUUCCCAAGUUCCAGCUCUCGUAAACUCUACUAGUUCUCCGAAUAAAUGUACAAUCUUUUGUAUUUCUGUACUUUUAGUGUGCUCUUGGUAAGAUCUAAUUCAUAUCAAGCAUUUCACAAUGUUAAAACAUUAUAUUUGAGCUCCUAGAGCAUACAUGUAAUCUCUAAAGGUCAUGCUGUUAAAACAGUAAUGUUUCGUUAAGGUCUGCCUGUUCAGAUUGUAUUAUUGUCAACUGCAUAUUCGUCUAUUUCCUAAUAUUUAACAAAGCAUAGAAGAUGUGCGUUAUUGGAAAGGCUCGGGUGAUGAGAAGGUCGGUUGGUAUUUUAAGAACAGUGGACUGUUAACACUCAGUUCUGUGAGUUUUUUGCAGGACAUGCAAUUGCUGCUUCUUCAGAAACGUCACUUUAAGCCUUCGGUUUUGCCUAAUGCAAUUCAAGACAUUUCCUACAGAGAAGAGCAGUCGAGGGGCCGAACUCUUUCGCGGGUUGGAAGUAAUGUUUUCAUAAUGCAGACACGAAUCACUGAUAAACGUAAACCACAGGUCGACGUGGAUGGACUUUUCAGUCGCGCGCAAGAUGAAAUGACAGUGUUUUGAGUUUGUUUUGCACAUUAUAGAAGGAUCCAAAGAGAAGCAGCGUUCAGGUUACAAGUGUUGGGUUUCACCGGACCGCGGUUAGAUUUGCUUGCAAGUGCCUGAAGUGCAAACGUGUCAGGAUAGGCCUGUGGAUGUCGACAUUUAUGAGUGUUUCCUGUAUUAAUUAUGAACUAGUAAUCCUCAUGAAUGUGUUCAUAGGUAGAGCCCUUCACAUAAAGUGUGAGAACCAAACUUCGAGAAGGUCAAACCAUACCCAGUUGUUAUAUGUAAACAGAAAAGGACUGGUCAAAAUGGUAGUUUACUGUUGUCUCUUUUUUUUUUUUUGUAUAUUGUAAAUAUGAAAUAAACGUAGACUAAUUG